CCUGCAAUUCAGGGUCAUCUAGACACACCACAUAGCGCAUCGAAUAACAAUGGCUAAAGCGACCAAGCAGACGAAAAAGUUUGUGUCCUCCGGCAAGCUCAAGCAGGAGAUCACGAAGCGAAGACAGCACCAGAAGAUCAAGCAAAAGACCGCGGGACGUGAGGCGACCAAGUUGAGAAAAGAACGUAAAGGAAAGGGAAAGCAUGCCGACGAUGACAGUGAAUUGGAGGGUAGUGAUGAUGAGGAUGAGGAUGUGACAUUGCCUGCCGGUGACGAUGACGAAGAAGAGGGUGGAAAGAAGGGCAAGGGCAAGGCUGUUGAGGGCUUGAAGGCGCUCGCCGGGGAUGAUGCUGCUGAAUCAGACGACGAGGAUCUUGAAGACUUCUCCGACCUGGAAGAGGAAGACGACGACGAUGCCGACGAUAACGAGGCUGCCCUCGCUGCGGACGAAGCCGCCAUGGCCAAAUCCCUUGCCGACCUCGCCAAGAAGGAUCCCGAGUUCUUCAAAUACUUGAAAGAGAACGAUGCUGAGUUGCUGGACUUUGAAGGUGGAGAGAACGAGGAUGAAGAUGAUGAGGAAGUCGAGGUGACCAAGAAGACGAAAAAGGACAAGAAGGAGAAGAAGACCAAGGGAAAGGGCAAGGAGCAGGUCGUCGAUGAAGACGAGAUGAUGGAUUACGAUGCUGGGAGUGAUUCGGAAGAGGAACCCGAAUUCGGUCAGCCGGAGGAACAGAAGGAGGUCGAGAAGGUCUCGGUAUCGAUGAAGAUGUUGAGAUCAUGGCAACGGGCGAUGAUCGAGCAAAGCUCGCUACGAUCACUGAGAAAGACGAUCUUGGCUUUCCGAGCGGCUGCUCAUAUGAACCAGGAUGACGAGGAUGAGAUCGAAACGAAGUAUAAGAUCGAUAGCGCUCAAGUCUUCAACAAAUUGAUUCUGACCGCUUUAAAAUUCACCCCGGUUGUGCUCAACAAGCACAUGCCGUCGAAAGAGUUGGCAUCAGGGAAAUUUAAGACGCAACCGCCACCAAACGCCCACCCUACUCUACCCCGUUUCGCCCUCUCUCAUUUCACCACAAUCAUGUACCUCAUCAAGUCACUGCCAUCAGCGCCUACCGGAAACGAGGACGUUGAAGGUGCCGCGGACAGCUUAUUGUACACGGUCGUCACGGAGAGCACGAAGAUGUUGCCUUGGGUGAUGGAAGGAAAGAGGCAGGUCAGGGCGUACUUGAAGCUGCUGCUCGACCUUUGGUCUUCGGCUGCGGAUAACGUCAGGAUCGCUUGUUUCUUGGCCGUCCGGAAGGUCUUUGUUGCUGGUGACGAGACGAUCAAGGAGCUGUGCUUGAAGAACAUCUAUUCAGCUCUCUUGCCUCCUCUUCGUCUCACCUCGGCACACACCCUUCCUUCGCUCAACUUGAUGAAGAACUCGGCUGCCGAGCUUUACCAGAUCAACCCGGCCAUCUCCUACCAACACGCCUUCGGGUACAUUCGAGCGCUCGCUAUCCACUUGCGUCAGGUCGUCCGAUCGGGUCAGGCGGAUCAGGAAGCUUUCCGAGCGGUGUAUAAUUGGCAAUUUGUGCAUUGUAUCGAUUUCUGGAGCACGGUGUUGAGCGGGGCUUGCGACAAGGAGAAGGUGAUCGAGAGCGGCGGACUGGCUAGUCCAUUGGAGCCUUUGAUCUUCCCCUUGGUACAGAUCGCUUUGGGUGUCAUUCGACUGGUACCGACGUCGCGAUUCUUCCCCUUGCGAUUCCACGUCAUGCACUCGAUGCUCCGUAUUAUCGGUCGAACGGGUACUUACGUUCCCCUCGCACCUUUCCUCCUGGAAAUUCUCGAUUCGGCCGAGUUCAAGAAGAGCAAUCCCAAACCGAGCUCUCUCCGUCCUCUUGACCUGGAAUACGUGAUCCGGGCACCCAACUCGUACUUGAAAUCGAGAGUGUACCAGGAGAGCUUGGCCGACGAGCUGUGUUUCAUCGCUGGCGACUUCUUCGCGCUGAUGAGCAGGAACGUGGCUUACCCGGAGAUGACCAUCCCCGUCAUCGCUCACCUGAAACGGUUCCUGAAAAAGGGAGGCGGGUCGGGCAAAGUGAAGGCUCAGGUUAAGACGGUCGUCGAGAAGAUCGAGUUGACGAGGACAUGGGUGGAAAAGAAGCGAAGGGGGGUGAACUUUGCGCCGAACGAGAGGGAGGAGGUGGCUGCGUUCUUGGAAGAUGCCAAGGUGGAGGACACGCCAAUUGGGGGUUGGAUGAGAUUGCAGCGCAAGGUCAGGGAUCAGAGGAGACAGGAGAUCGAGGCGGCUCAACGUGAAGAGCGUAUGGACCGUCAAGAUGAAUCGGACGAUGAUGAAGACGAGGACGAGGGGAGCGAUGUCGAUAUGGGUUCGGACGAGGAUGACGAAUAGACGUGUCUUGAGCGCCGACAUGUAUGUAUCUUUUGUAUGAACGCCUUUCGCUUAUGGGUUUCGAUGUCGAGCGUGCUUUCUUGCGAUUGUGGAUGGAGCACGCAGUCAAAAGUCAGCAGAUGAGCAGCUGGGUAGUAACAGGCAAUCUCGACGGCUCUCGCAAGUGGCGAGCGCUUGACUGACUGCGUUCAGAGUUGUCGAGGUCUGAACCGGAGUUGGCUUUUUGACUUUGUAAACAAAUGACGAAUCCGU